AUGUUCGAGCAGGUGCCACCCGUUCAAAUGCUGAGGUUGUGCACCCCGCUGGGCACCCACUCAGACGAGGGAGCUAUGGACUUCAGCCGCCACACCCGUGCCCUGUUCAGGCGCAAUGCCGUGAUGCUCGGCGCCGUCUUCGCCGGUGCCUUCGCAUGGGAGAUGGGCUACGACUCGGUCAUGAACAGGGUCUGGGACAACAUGAACAGGGGGCGCCAAUGGAAGGAUAUCCGCCACAAGUAUGCGGAGGCUGUCGAGGACGACGAGUAA